AUGGAUAUUGUUGAUCAAAUACACGAAGGGAAAUGUAAACACGUUGAAAUAGUUCAUUCAAUGUUUUGCAAAACAUGUAAUAUGAUUAUAUGUGCUGAUUGUUGGAUGUUUGACCAUAAUUCACAUGAAAUUAUUAAUGGUCAUGAUAUACCAACGAUAUUCAACAAAAAUGUAUUACGCAAUUCCCACAACAACAACAAUAACAACAACAAAGAUAAUAAUAUUCGCGGAAGUAAUAAUAGUAAUAGUAGCAAAGUUGAUGGUAUAUUAAGUACUAGUUCAAGUUCAAGUAGUAUUAGCGUAAAUAGCAGUAGUAGUAGUAUCACCUACAGAUUGAUGAAGUUGUUCUUGGAAAAUCAAUAUUAUAAAAUGAAAGAGGAUAUCAAUAAGAUGGAUGAACUUACAAAGAGAAGUGAAACUAUAACAUCAAAAUUUGAAGAACUACACGAGAUGCUUAUUCGCGAAGAACACAGACUACAGAAACCAAUUAAAGAGCAAAUAGAAGCACACACCGACAAUGUAUUGGACAAUCAUAAAAAUAUAAAAGCAUAUUUAAAUAUAGCCGAUAUCUCUAGUAGAUAUCAAAAUAGUAAUAAUAAUAGUAUUAAUAAUAGUAGAGAAUAUGACUAUGAUAAUAGUAAUAAUAAUAGUAUUAAUAAUAGUAGAGACUAUGACUAUGAUAAUAAUAAUAAUAAUAGUAACGAUGAUCGUCAUCCAAUUACAAGUAAUUUAGAUAAUAGUAAUGAUGAUGAUGAUGACACUCAUUGUGAUGAUAAUGAAGAUGUUGAUGAUGAUGAUGAUGAAGAUGAUGAAGAUGAUGAAGAUGUUGUUGAUGAUGAAAAUCGGCUUUUAACUGUCAACUAUCUGGGUCCGGCUAUAAUCAACUCGAUUCGAAAGUCUGAUUCACUAUCGGCCUAUUACAAAUCGAAUAAAGAAACUAUACUGGCACCGGAUCCAUUUAAUAACAAUGAGAAUUGCGACAUCACACUUUCAUCAUUAAUGGAAAUGAUGCGGAAAUACAUGAUUAAAAACAGUAGUUCUAUCAGUGCAAGCAAUGAUAGUAUCAACACAAAUAUAAGUAAUAAUAACAAUCAACCUUCAACAACAUCAACAACUUCAAUAACAUCAACACAAGAUGAACAACAAACUCUUACAACAUCACCCGACUCAUCAACUACAAACAAUACUGUAAUUGAUACAACUACAACAACAUUACUCAACAAGCUAAACAACUCUAUUAAAAACAUCAAUGAAGAUUUAGAAAAUAACUAUGUAUCCAAAUCAUAUCUACUCAAUCUAUAUUACAAUAAACCAAUAUUGUUUAACUUGAGAGAGAGUAUGUCAGCCUCAACCUUGAAGGAAAGAUUGGUAUAUAUUGGUUAUAAUGCAUUGGCUGUCGGUUCUAUUGGUAGUUCAAUACAUGUUAUAAGUGGAACCAAACAAAAGAUUAUUAGUUUAACUAGUUUAUCUAUUAACAAUAAUAGUAAUAAUAAUAAUGAUGAUGAUGAAUCACCAAUUACCAAGACAAUUGCAUCGCGUGGUACUCUAGCUACUGGAUGUCAGAUUAUAUCGAUGUGCUCGGACAAUGUCGAUCACUUCUAUCUUCUUUGUUUGGAUUCCAACAAUCAGUAUAUAAUCAACAAACUACAAGCAUCGAAAUCAUCACUAGGAAUCAUAGUAGAUUCACUCUACAAGCUAUCAAAUAAUAAUAUCAGUAAUACUUGUCCACCAUUUGAAUUGUUCUAUAACAACAGCAGUAGUGACAACUACAAAGAAUCACUCUAUAUUGUAUGUAAAGAUAAGAAUUCAGCAAUUAAACUUUACAAUUGUAAUCUUAAAAGCAAGGAAUGUAACUUGGUAAUCGAUUAUAAUUGUAAGAAAGAUGUUACUUUACCUACAAAGAGUAGUAGUGGUAAUAGUGGUUUCUGUUGUUGUAUAGAUGAUAAAUAUCAAAAGUUGUAUAUUCUCAUGUCGAAUCAUUUCUUUAGUUUAGACACUGCACCCGAUUUGACAAUGCGAUACAAUGCGCUGGCACAGAACACCGAGCUGACUACACAACCCACUCAACCAUUCAAAUUGGUGUAUGACAGCGGUAACAUCUAUAUGGCGGACAACGAUAAACAACUUUUGUUUAACUACUCUGUCCAACAAAACAGUUGGUCAUCCACUAAAUUCCCACCAACUCUUACCAAACCAACAAAUGCAUCGUCACCUUUAUCUACACUUUCAACUUUAAUAAAAUAUAAAGAUAGUUUAUAA